AUGGCGACUGAAGCAGUAUCCCCGUCGCCAAAGGGGCCAUGGCACCACAGCACCCUCUUCAACGCCAUCGUAAUCGGCGCCGUCGGGUUCCUCGCGCCCGGGCUCUGGAACGCGAUGUCGAACCUCGGCGCCGGCGGCGCGCAAGAGCCGUACCUCGUCAACGCAGCGAACGCCCUCGUCUUCAGCAUCAUGGGCAUCCUCUGCCUCCUGGGCGCGCCGCUCUCGAACCGCAUCGGGCUCCCGCGCACCCUGUUCCUCGGCGCCGUCGGCUACCCCGUCUACUCCGCCGGCCUGUACGCGAACAACCGGUACGGCACCGUCUGGCUCGUUCUCGUCGGCGCCGUGUGCUGCGGCGUGAGCGCCGGCCUGUUCUGGGCGAGCGAGGGCGCCGUCGCGCUCGGAUACCCCGAGCACGGCAAGCGCGGGCGCUACUUGAAUAUCUGGCUGUGGUUCCGGACGGGCGGGCCCUUGGUCGGCGGCGCGAUCGUACUCGCGCUUAACCACGACGCCGCGCACGCCAGGGCCAAGGGCAAGGUCGGGUACCAGACGUACCUCGUCUUCAUCGCUUUGCAGUGCGUCGCCGCGCCGCUGGCGCUCCUGCUCUCGGCGCCGGAGAAAGUGUGGCGGUCCGACGGGUCUAAGGUCGUGAUACGGCGGGAGCCGAGCAUCGCCGCCGAAUGCAGGGCGCUUUGGGCCAGCUGCGGGAGGAGGGAUGUCCUGCUCCUGUUGCCCGUCUUCUGGGCCGCGUACUUCAACCAGUAUAGCGGGAACUUCCAGACGUACUACUUCGGGGUGCGGGCGCGCGCGCUCGUCGGGUUCGCGAGCAAUUUCGGCACGCUGCUUUCCUCGCAGCUGGUCUCCGCGCUGCUGGACUACAGGGGCCUUGCCGUGAAGCGGCGCGUCGAGAUCGGGUUCUGGUGGGUUGUGGUGUGGCACGUCGUCGCGUGGACGUACGGUUGGGUCGUGCAGGAGAAGUACACGCGCGACCCGCCGGCGUACGACUGGGAGGACAGGGGGUUCGUGGAGGGUUUCUUCGUGCUGAUAUUGUGGGAGUUUGCGAGGCAGGCUUUGCAGAAUUGGCUUUAUUACCUCGUCGCUUGCAAGACAGACAACAUCUCGGACCUGACGCGCCUCUCUGGUAUCCUAAGAGGACAGGAGAGCUUCGCGCAAGCUGUCAGUUUCGGCCUCAACACCAAGAAAUGGGUUGGUGGACGAGUGCCUCUAGCUGUAAAUACGAUAUUGCUAUUCCUCGCCGCCUUCCCUACGUGGCUCGUCGUUCGCGACCUAGUCCCGGUCGAAAAAGACAGCACGCGUCAUUCCGACAACGAAGGUCAAGCGGAGGAAGGUUUAUCAGGGCCCCAAGUCUUGAAUUCUGACGAGAAGCGGAAGUUCGCCGUGGGACAAACCAGUGCCGGAGCCGACGCGGCGAUAUAA